AUGGCCGCCUACCCUGCCGCGCUGCUUCCGCUUCUCGUCCUCGCCAUCAUCUGCGGUGCUUCAACAGUCGUUACAACUACGUUUGAGAAGCACGCCAUUCUUGCACCUUCCUCUCACCCCUCUGCUCCCUCUCACUCCUCUGCUCCCUCUCACCCCUCUGCUCCCUCUCACUCCUCUGCUCCCUCUCACCCCUCUGCUCCCUCUCACUCCUCUGCUCCCUCUCACUCCUCUGCUCCCUCUCACCCCUCUGCUCCCUCUCACCCCUCUGCUCCCUCUCACUCCUCUGCUCCCUCUCACCCCUCUGCUCCCUCUCACUCCUCUGCUCCCUCUCACCCCUCUGCUCCCUCUCACUCCUCUGCUCCCUCUCACCCCUCUGCUCCCUCUCACUCCUCUGCUCCCUCUCUAUGA